CGCUUUGCUGUCCUCUGCUGUUCGGUCGUUGAUGAUGCUGAACGAGAGUGAGCGCGGCGCUCGUACAUUUUUAUGAGACACCACCGUCCACCGCAAUUCUGAGUCGUAGGCUAUAGAACAGGAAACGCACUGGAAAUGUAACGAUGGAUAGAUAAUCUCGAUCGUUUGGCAUUGCUCGGACAGCAAUAACGAACGACAGCUGACAGACAGCGUGCGAAAUUUGUCAAAGGUGAGACUGAGCGCAGUAAUGAUUCACGAAGGAAAUAUCCUGACUACUUAUCCUCCUCAUCUGAUGCUGAUGAUGGUGCUAUAAACGCAACCUGCGUGAUUUUCCUACUGGGCAGCAGCAGCUAAUGCUUCACUUUGUUUGAAAUUCAGCCAGCGACAGAAUGAUAGAGGAGGGCAGUAAACGAGGCAAAGCGAUGGUGGAGAAGAGACAACUCUUCAUGGAGAUGAGGGCACAAAACUUUGACGUCAUCAGGCUGUCAACCUAUAGGACGGCCUGCAAGCUAAGAUUUGUGCAGAAGAGAUGCAACCUUCACUUGGUGGAUGUGUGGAACAUGAUUGAGGCGUUCCGUGAUAGCGGUCUGAACACGCUGGACCACAACGCAGAGAUCAACGUGUCUAGACUGGAGACGAUCCUAUCCUCGAUCUAUUACCAGCUCAAUAAGCGUCUGCCCACCACACAUCAGAUCAACGUAGAGCAGUCCAUCGGCCUGCUGCUCAACUUCAUGGUGGCCACAUACGACAGUGAAGGCCACGGGAAACUGACCGUUUUCUCGAUGAAGUCCAUGUUGGCAACCAUGUGUGGAGGGAAAAUAGUGGACAAACUACGUUAUAUAUUUUCCCAGAUCUCUGACUCUAAUGGUGUGAUGGCCUUUGCUAAGUUUGACCAGUUUCUGAGGGAGGUUCUAAAGCUGCCCACAGCUGUGUUCGAGGGCCCGUCGUUUGGAUACACAGAACACUCCGUACGGACAUGCUUCCCUCAACAGAAGAAGAUCUUGCUGAACACUUUUUUGGACAUUUUGAUGGCAGAUCCUCCUCCUCAGUGCCUCGUGUGGCUACCUCUCAUGCACCGGCUCGCUAAUGUUGAAAAUGUCUUCCAUCCCGUGGAAUGUUCCUAUUGCCGGAGUGAAAGUAUGAUGGGGUUCCGUUACCGGUGCCAACAGUGCCAUGGCUACCAACUCUGUCAGAGCUGCUUCUGGCGUGGCCAUGCCAACGGUCCCCAUAGCAACCAGCAUCAAAUGAAGGAGCACUCCUCUUGGAAGUCUCCGGCUAAAAAGCUGAGCCACGCCAUCAGUAAGUCUCUGGGCUGUGUCCCCAUUGGAGAGCCACCUCAUCCAAUGUUCCCUGAGCAGUCUGAGAAACCGCAGGACACCAUGGCCCACACUGUUCAGCCGAAGCCAGUGGCCAACAAUAUGAACAACACAAUGCUCAUGUCGUCUGGGGCACCUACUCCUACUAAAAGUGUCUUGGAGAGUCCCAGCAGGCUAGAUGAGGAGCAUCGUCUGAUUGCUCGCUACGCAGCGCGCCUGGCAGCUGAGGCAGGCAACUCCACAGUGAGUAGCUCCACACAAUGUCCUCCAACAGAUCUGAGUUUCAACUUUGAUGCCAACAAACAACAGAGGCAGCUAAUAGCAGAACUAGAGAACAAGAACAGGUCCCUCAGAGAGAUCCUUCAGGAGAUCCAGCGACUGCGUCUGGAGCAUGAGCAGGCCUCCCAGCCCACCCCCGAGAAGGCCCAGCAAAACCCCACACUGCUGGCCGAACUCAGGCUCCUUAGGCACAGGAAGGAUGAGCUGGAGAGGCGCAUGUCAGCCCUACAGGAGAGCAGACGGGAACUGAUGGUCCAGCUCGAGGGACUGAUGAGGCUACUCAAGGAUGAGGAGCAGAAGCAGGCAACCCAGACAGGAGGCUCACCCCACUCUUCCCCCAGCCAUGGGGCAGGCUGCUCCAUGCCCAUGCCCAUCCGCUCCACCUCAGCUGGGUCCACCCCCACCCACACACCCCAGGACUGCCUGGCCGGGGUGGGGGGGGACGUGCUGGAGGCCUUUGCUCACGGUGUACCUAGAAAUCUUCGUAAUGAUCUGUUGGUCGCUGCAGAUUCAAUCACAAACACCAUGUCAUCACUCGUCAAAGAACUCCACUCAGUAGAUGAUGCUGCAGAGGAAGAGGACAACAACAUGAGGAACGGAGGCCUAAGGGACAGGGCCGAGGCAGAAUGAAAAGAGUGGAAAAGGCACAGUGAGAGAAGUAAAGCAUCGAGGGAGCAACAACCACUCCAUCUAUACCGGAUGUCAGACUGGACAUGACUGGAAAAGUUGAAUCCAAAUGAGAAUCAGUCACAACAACCAAACCCUUCUAUCGGGCAUAAGCACGUAGAGUAAUGCAUGCUGUUAUCAAACAGGAUUUCACUGUGUGAACUACUAUCAAACAUGUUUAUUACACCUUGCUGCGGAAAAAAAGCAAGAUGCUUCUAUUAGCGAGUGUAUAUGUUGUUCUGUAUAAAAACUUAAAGCUGUAAUUAUUAUGUAUUGAUUGAUCCCCCUCAUCAUGACUGCAACGGUCAAAGGUCUAAAGGAGUGGCUUGCUGUGCUUUCUCUCAACCCGUAUUGUCAAUAACAGACCAUUCUGUGUGCAUACCAAAUGGCACCCUAUUCCCUAUAUCGUGCAGUACUUUUGACCAGUGCCCUAUAUGCCCUGUUCAAAAGUAGUGUACUACAUAAGGAAUAGAGUGCCAUUUGGAACGCUGUCUAUCUAUCUGUAUAUACUGUACACAUUAUACAUGACCUUGGGAACACAGCACUGACCACGACCUGAAAGCAACCUAUUUUCAUGAUGAUGAUAUGUUCCCUAGCCUUCAUUGCUUUUGUAUCAUUAGAGACGGCUAGCUAGUAUGUUUUCAUUAGGGGUUUUGCAUGAAGUUGCACUGUCCUGAGUCUGACUGGGUGUACUGUAGGUAGGUAGGUAGGUACCAUGUUAUGCCAGCUCUUUGUGGGUUUAUCAGUGUUUCUCAACCUGUGGUCCGCGGGCCAGCACGGGUCCCAAUGAUGUUGCUGAUCGAUCCCUCAGAUAGUGAGCUGAAACUGAUUUAGUCAGUUCUCAAGUGCUAGUUUUAAUCUAAGUGGUCUUCAUUGGAGGAAGGGCUGUAGCUGGUCCUUGCAGUUUCCUGGUACAAAAAAGGUUGAGAAACGCUUGAUUCUAAUGACUGCUAGGAUCUGUAGUCCUGUAUAUUGUCAUGCCUCAGAGUUCACAUUGGUCGUGCCCCAAAUGGCACUCUAUUCCCUAUAUAGCGCACUACAUUUGACCAAGGCCUAUAGGGCUCUGGUCAAAAGUAGUACACUAUAUAGGGAAUAGGGUGUCAUUUAGGACAGCCUGAGUCACAUACUGCUGCUACUGCGUGCUCACUCUAUGUCGUGAGACACCCUUGCAAAAAUAUGAGGGCUGUUUGUUUGUUUGGUUAAAGGGAGCCUAGUAUGGGGGCUAUUGUCGUCAAUGCUAAACGUUUAAUUUCAUCAGGGAAUCGUCCCUUUGUUAUAAACAGAUUUAUUAUUCUCCUCGUUUUGUCUCAAUAAAAAAAUGAACUAAGCGAGAGAAGCUAGUAAAUGCAUCUUAAAGAGCAUUAAAACUGCAUGGUACUUCGUCCCUAAUCCACUAACUAGUCACUCAGUAGUAACAGUAUUUAUUGUCCACGUAAAGUAAAGAGACGGAGAGCAUCUCAGGACGGUAGUUUAAAUGAAUAUUAUUAUAUUGUGUGCUCUUUCGUUCAAAUAUGUUGAGUUACACCAUAUCCACCUAUACACCUGUACGUAGGUGAGGACGGGCGGUACAGAAAGCAAAGUUAUGCACAGAUAAGAGUUGCUUUGAUAGCUUUAUUUAGUUAAAAUAAAUGAGGACUGGAACAUGUUUAUGUGAGAGUUAAUAGAUAGGUGCUCAGGGACUGUAGAUGGAAUGUGGUGGUGGCUGGUUUGCAUCCCAAAUGGCACCCCAUUCCCUACAUAGUGCACUACUUUUGACCAGGGCCUAUUAGCCCUGGUCAAAAAUGGUGCACUAUUAUAGGGAAUAGGAUGCCAUUUGGGACGCAUGUUCUGUGUGGUUAACGAUUAUGAGUCAGUAGCCUGGGCCCUAAUGGGCUCCAGACCUGUGUCUGUAGGGGUCAGAGACUGAUCAUAAAAGAGCCUGAAGGGUAGCAGACAGCAAACCUGUGUCUCAAAAAUCUGGCUUUCUCCAAAAAUGUGCACUCAAGCACACUUCCACACACAUUGAAAAGCAUUGAAUUGGUGUGAGCAUAGACUAAAGUAGAAUUUCCACCAUAUGUAUUGUAUCGGUUCAUUCCUUUUAAAUGAACAGAGUGUACAAAACAUUAGGGACACCUUCCUAACAUUGAGCCCCCCCCCCCCCCCCCCCCC